AUGUCCGCCGACAUCGAGCAGGCCGAGGCGCCUCACCAGACUUUCGACACUGUGCUGGUCGUCGAUUUCGGCAGCCAGUACACCCACCUCAUCACCAGGCGUCUGAGAGAGUUGAACAUCUAUUCAGAGAUGCUGCCUUGCACGAUGAAGGCGAAGGACUUGAAGUUCCGCCCCAAGGGCAUCAUUCUAUCUGGCGGACCCGCCAGCGUUUAUGAAGAGGAUGCUCCUCAUGCCGACCCCGAGCUCUUUGAAUUGGGAGUGCCGUUGCUAGGUAUCUGCCAGGGCCUUCAACAAAUCGCGUGGCGUCUCUCGCCGCACAAUGUUAUUGCCGGAGAGAAGCGUGAGUUUGGCAAGGCAUCGAUUGUGCCUCAGCGCCACAACACCCCCGUCGACAGGCUCUUCGACGGUGUAGAAGGAGACGUUUGGAUGAGCCAUGGCGAUAAGUUGAGCGAACUCCCCGCCGGAUUCUGCACCAUCGCCGCCACCUCGAACUCUCCUUAUGCUGGAAUUGCCCACGAAAAGGACCCCGUGUUUGGAAUUCAGUUCCACCCCGAAGUCACCCAUACUCCUUGUGGAAAGCGACUGCUCCGCAACUUCGCGGUUGAUAUUUGCGGUUGCAAGGCCAACUGGACUAUGUCCAACUUUAUUGACCAGGAGAUUACCCGCAUCCGAAACCUUGUUGGAGAGAGGGGUCAGGUUUUGGGCGCCGUCUCCGGCGGAGUUGACAGCACCGUCGCCGCUAAGCUCAUGAAGGAGGCCAUUGGUGACCGAUUCCAUGCCGUCCUUGUGGACCACGGCCUUAUGAGGCUCAACGAAUGCGCCGAAGUUAAGGAGACGAUCGGCAAGCACCUCGGCAUCGACCUUACUGUGGUCGAUGCAUCGGAGAGAUUUAUGGCCGGUCUUGCUGGAGUUACCGACCCUGAAAAGAAGAGGAAGUUCAUUGGCAACACUUUCAUCGACGUGUUCGAGGAGGCCGCUAUUAAAAUCGAAAAGGACGCUCAAAAUACCCCCAAUGCUGGGAAGGUUGAGUGGUUCCUUCAAGGUACGCUCUACCCUGACGUGAUCGAGUCUAUCUCGUACAGGGGCCCCUCAGUCACCAUCAAGACUCACCACAACGUCGGUGGUUUGCCCAAGAGGAUGAUGGAGGGUCAGGGGUUGAAGCUCAUUGAGCCUCUCAGAGAGCUAUUCAAGGACGAGGUGCGCGAGCUUGGGCGUCAGCUCGGUAUCAAUGAACAGCUCGUCAUGAGGCAUCCUUUCCCCGGCCCCGGUAUCGCCAUCCGAAUUCUGGGUGAUAUCACCCCUGACCGAGUCAGGAUCGCCAGACACGCCGACCAUAUCUUCAUCAGCAUGAUCAGGGAAGCGGGUCUUUAUAACAAAAUUAGCCAGGCAUAUGCUGGACUUGAUACUAACAAGGUCGUCGGCGUUAUGGGUGAUAACCGUGUCGAGGGCUACAUUAUUAUCCUUCGCGCCGUCGUAACGAUCGAUUUCAUGACUGCCGAGGCGUUCAAAUUCGAUAUGGACCUCCUGAUGCAGAUCUCGACCCGCAUUGUCAACGAAGUCAACGGCGUCAGCUGUGUAGUAUACAACACGACUUCGAAGCCCCCUGCCACCAUUGAGCUCCAGUAA